AUGUAGAAUGAAAACAUCUGGUAUAGUAGAAACUGUAUUUCAUUUAGGUCCAUUAACAUACAGAAUGUUUGAUGUUGGUGGACAAAGAACAGAAAGAAAGAAAUGGAUACAUUGUUUUGAAGAUGUUACAGCAGUAUUAUUUUUAGUAGCCAUUAGUGGAUAUGAUCAAUGUUUGGUAGAAGAUAAAGAUUCAAAUCAAAUGCAAGAAGCAUUAAUGUUAUUCAAUUCAAUUUGUAACUCACAAUGGUUUGUAAAUACAUCAAUGAUAUUGUUUCUAAAUAAAAUAGAUAUUUUUAGGGAAAAGAUUAAAGUUUCACCU